ACCGGGAGUGAGACCGCUGGUGCUUGUGGGUGGUUGCUGCGUUCGGGCCCGCGUGGAGAGGGUCGGGGCCUCGACACCCGCCUGCUUGGAGCGUCCGCCAUGAGGAGAAGUGAGGUGCUGGCAGAGGAGUCCAUAGUAUGUCUCCAGAAAGCCCUGAAUCACCUUCGGGAAAUAUGGGAAUUGAUUGGGAUUCCAGAGGACCAGCGGUUACAAAGAACUGAGGUUGUAAAGAAGCAUAUCAAGGAUCUCCUGGAUAUGAUGAUUGCUGAAGAGGAAAGCCUGAAGGAAAGGCUCAUCAAAAGCAUAGCCAUCUGCCAAAAAGAGCUGAACACUCUGUGCAGUGAGCUACAUGUCGAGCCAUUUCAGGAAGACGGAGAGAUGACCAUCUUGCAGCUAGAAAAGGAUUUGCGCACUCAGGUAGAACUGAUGAGAAAACAGAAAAAGGAGAGAAAACAAGAACUGAAACUACUUCAAGAACAAGAUCAAGAACUGUGUGAAAUUCUUUGCAUGCCCCACUAUGACAUUGACAGCACCUCAGUUCCCAGCUUAGAAGAGCUGAGCCAGUUUAGACAACACGUGGCAACUUUGAGGGAAACAAAGGCAUCUAGGCGUGAGGAGUUUGUCAACAUAAAGAGACAGAUCAUACUGUGUAUGGAAGAAUUAGAACACACACCAGACACAAGCUUUGAAAGAGAUGUGGUCUGUGAAGAUGAAGAUGCCUUUUGUUUAUCUUUGGAAAAUAUUGCAACACUACAGAAGUUGCUACGGCAGCUGGAAAUGCGAAAAUCACAAAACGAAGCAGUGUGUGAGGGGCUGCGUGUGCAGAUACGAGAACUCUGGGAUAGGUUGCAAAUACCUGCAGAAGAGAGAGAAGCUGUGGCCACAGUUAUGACUGGGUCAAAGGCCAAGGUCCGGAAAGCGUUAGAAGUGGAUCGGUUGGAAGAACUGAAAAUGCAAAACAUGAAGAAAGUGAUUGAGGCAAUACGAGUGGAGCUGGCUCAGUACUGGGACCAGUGUUUUUAUAGCCAGGAGCAGAGACAAGCUUUUGCCCCUUACUAUUCUGAGGACUACACAGAAAAUCUGCUCCAACUCCAUGAUGCCGAGAUUGUGCGGUUAAGAAACUACUAUGAGGUUCACAAAGAACUCUUUGAAGGGGUCCAGAAGUGGGAAGAAAGCUGGAAGCUUUUCUUAGAGUUCGAGAGAAAAGCUUCAGAUCCAAGUCGAUUUACAAAUCGUGGAGGAAAUCUUCUAAAAGAAGAAAAGCAGCGAGCCAAGCUCCAAAAAACACUCCCUAAGUUGGAAGAGGAGUUGAAAGCAAGGAUUGAAAUGUGGGAGCAGGAGCAUUCAAAGGCAUUUGUGGUGAAUGGGCAGAAAUUCAUGGAGUAUGUAACAGAACAGUGGGAGAUGCACCGACUGGAGAAAGAGAGAGCCAAGCAGGAACGACAACUAAAGAACAAGAAGCAAACUGAGACAGAGAUGCUCUAUGGCAGUAUUCCGCGAACACCCAGCAAGCGGCGAGGAUUGGCACCUGGCACGCCAGGCAAAGUGCGCAAGCUGAACACUACCACUGUGUCCAAUGCUACGGCCAACAGCAGCAUUCAGCCUGCCUUUUCGGGGACAGUCUGCCGCUCCCCUGUGUCUCGCCUUCCACCUUCUGGCAGCAAGCCAGUCACCACUUCCACCUGUUCGGGGAAAAAAACACCCCGUGGCAUCAAGCAUGGAGCCAACAAGGAGAACCUGGAGCUCAAUGGCAGCAUCCUCAGCGCGAGAACUCUCAAAGGCUUCCAAAUCUGAUGCUACUUCUCGAAUCCUCAAUUCAACCAACAUCCAGUCCUGAGAAGCCCUGAUCAGUCAUCCAGCUAAGGUUUCCUAUGCCCUGUGCCUAAUUAUACAGGGGUGGCUUUAAUGUUUCUUCAGCUUAGAUGUGCUUGAAAGCCUGGACAGGUUCCAUUACCAUGGGCCUAACUUACAGAAGUGAAUGAGUUACAGAUGAGAGUCCAUCAUAAGCUUAGUACGUCCUUAGACACUUGGUUUUAUUUUGACUCAAGAAAUACAUUAAAACAUAGUUCAUAGCAGUAAGCGUAAAUUUUAGCAUAUCGAACCUAAUUUCUUUCCCUACCCCGUAAUUGUACUUGCUAAAGCAUGCUCAAGGGCUUGUUUUACUUCACCAUUGUGUAGUUAAAUGAUUGACUAUGCCCAAGCUUGGGGUAUGGUACAUGAAGUAGUUUUUGGCUUGUACACUUAUAAUUAGCAAUUAACAUCUUUUUUGUUUAGGGAUAUUCAGUUAAUGCUAUAGCUUCAGUAGCUUUGCUCUCACCUAAAGGCCUGUCCCCACCACACAGGACAGCCUUCCUCCUGAUGAAGAUGUCUGUGUGUCAGAAGUUGGGAUGGCCUGACUCACAGCCAAAGAGGUGACAGGGAGGCUGGGAGCACCUUUGUUAAAUUGUGUACAGUUUUGUUGUAUAUAGGCCAGUGCUGUGGGGUUAUGUGUGUGAACACACGUACUUGUCUGAACUCUGCUUCAGUUUUUCUCUGGGUCCAGUUCCCCAUCCCUGUGCCCCCUGUGCCUGAGUUCCUCCACCCUCUGCACUUGCCAGCCAAGUUGGGAGGCUGUUUGGAUGGGUUGGGCCGUUUCUGUCGUGGAGAUCUGGAACUUUGCACAUAUCAGUACUGGGGAGCUGUUCCUGCUGUAGCAUCCACGAUGAGGCUCCUUCUUUACCUAGCCUAUGUAUCAGUCACUACUGUGCUCCCCAAAGCACUAUUAUUUAUUCUCCGUCUGCCUGCACCAGUACUACUGGCAGCACAGUAAAUGGUUCUUGGAAGCUUACCAGUGUGGAUUUGGUCUGUGCCAGCCAUGCUGUUUAGGCAUACAUAUAAAUGUCCUGAUUUUAAAAUAUAAAUAUUCUUAAAAAUAAAUUAAAAUGUGUGUACUUAUA